AAAGAAAGAGGAAAAAGCAAAAGGCAAUACAAUAGCAUGACUCAUAUUUUAACACAUUAUCAUUCUCCAUCAUGAAUCAUGAUUAUCCUUAACAACCUACAUAUUAGAUUGAUCAACAUAUAUAAAGACACAUUCUCUUUCCUCAUUUGCUCUUCACCACUCUAAAAUUUUAGGCAAAAGCAAUGGGGAAAACACGGGGGAAAAAAUUGCAAGCAUUUUGUGUAAAUAGAAUUAGGCCACUUGUUAAGGUUCCCGUGCAAAACAAAUUAGGUAGUAAUUCACCAUAUUAUAGUGUUAAAAAAUCUGAUCAGAAUAAUCAAGUUGAAGGGAACAAUUAUGCCAAAAUUGAGGAAGAUUCUGAGAAAUUGAAGACAAGUGAUCAAGGGAGGAAAAUCAUGGUGGUGGUUGAUUCAAGUGUUGAGGCCAAAGUUGCACUUCAAUGGGCACUCACUCAUACCGUUCAGAGUCAUGACUCUAUCAUUCUUCUCUAUGUAGCUAAGCUCACAACCAAGAUAGGCUUUCCAAGUAGCCUUAAUAACCAUAUCGAUAUUACAGAAAAGGAAGAGUCAAGGAAAAAGAUGUCUCCAAAGAUUUAUGAGCUACUACACUCUAUGAAGAAGACAUGCCAGUCUAAGAUGCCAGAGGUAGAAGUGGAGGUAAAGAUGGCAGAAGGAAAAGAAAAAGGACCCACCAUAAUAGAAGAGGCAAGGAAACAAGAAGUGUCUUUACUAGUGUUGGGUCAAAAGAAGCAGUCAACAACAUGGCGAUUGCUACUAAUGUGGGCAAGUAACAAGGUUGCGACAGGCGUGGGUGGCGGUGGUGUCGGGGUGGUGGAGUAUUGCAUACAACAUGCAACUUGUAUGGCACUAGCUGUACGACGGAAGAGUAAAAGAGUAGGAGGAUAUUUAAUCACAACUAAGCGUCAUAAAGACUUUUGGCUCUUAGCUUAGUUGUAAUGGACAACUUGUGCCUUUUUCUUUGUAUACUUGUGGAGUGUUUCAUCUCAUAAGUUUACCCAUUUGUUAAUACUUCGUACAUCUAAAGGUAAGAAUAUGUGUCCCGUCAACGUACGUAAUUUAAUGUAUUUAUGACGAAUAUAUA